GUUCACUCCUUUCCUUUCCUCACUUCAUAAUCCAAUAACACUUCUAUUCCACAAGACUGCUACUUAUUGUCAUUUUUUCGGCCUAAGUUUUCUUUGUGGACCGGAUAUAUUUCCGUCUCGUUUUGGCUCUAGAAAAUCCGACGGCCUUGCAGCAUUUAAUUAAUAGGACGUUGUGGAUAAGAGCAUGAUGUCGUCGAGCGUGUGCCAAGGGUUGCAAUCAUGCCUUGAGCCAAGGCUGGUGGAGCCGCUCACUCUUCACCUCAAAUUGGCUCCCCUGAAACCGAGCUGUUCUCGGACUCUUGGGCUGAUGUCCCAAAGCUAUGGGCUGGCAACCGAGCCUGAACCCGAAAUUACCAAGAAAAUUAUCACCGCCAACACCCUUGAGCCAUCAACUGUCAAAACUGUUAUUUACCGCAAAAACUCCGACCCAGUAAUGGGGUGGAGCUCCCCCGCGUUGAAUGCCGACAGCAUGAAGGAAGCUGUCAUCGGAGGCGACAGGGACGGGGCGUACGUCCACCCGCUCAUGAAGUGCUCCUGCUCGGUGGCACUCAGCCAGAAGAGCCUGGAGAUGUGCACGGAGAGCUUGGGCAGCGAGAGCGGGAGUAGCAACGUCAGCAGCGCUGACAUCAGCAUUGCUUCGAUUGCCCCCGAAGAAAUCAAGAAGCCCUUGAUGGAGCAGCAGCCGAGGAAGUUGCUCGAUGCGAGGAGACUGAGCUGCAGCAGGAGCUUCCCGCCGCCGCUGACAUCAAUCAGCGGGUCGACGGGAGUCCAGAUUAGGCCACACAGGGGGGAUGGGCGACUGGUCUUGGAGGCGGUGACGGUGUCCCUUCGGCAGAAGUUGUUCCACAUGGAGCGGAGCGAGGGCCGCCUAAGGCUGAGGCUGUGGAAAGACGAUGAAGACUGCGACCUCCGGACAAUGGAAACACAGGAGGAAGAACAAGAAGAGAUAGAGGAGGAAGAACAAGAAGAGAUAGGGGAUCAAGAGGCAGAGGAGGUGGAGGACAGGAAUAAGGGGAAAUGCGGGAAUGUUAGGGGUGAGAUUGGGAAUUCCGAGAAGUUGGCCGGCAGCGGAUGGCCAAGCAGAUGCAAGGAAGGUGGCCACGGGCGGCCUGACAAAGGACUGCUCCGCCCUCUAGAGCCAUUCCUGGCCGCUAUUUAGAAUGUAUAAUCAAUUGAUACGGGAACUCUAUGUAACAGAAUACACUUCCCCCA